UUUACCAUUGUUAAUAUUAAAGCGCCAUUUAAUGCGAACACGUAAUGGCUGUCGCAGCAUAGUUGGGUGCAGUUUGUUGCAUCGCUGUGUUGACUAAAAUGUCGCUUGCAAGCUUAUUACCUGCUCCAUCGCAAGUGGUAUGGGACAGAGAGGAUGAAGCGCGCGAGCAGAAAUUACGACAGAGGCCGGUGUCCGCAUUGGUUAAAGCAGUUGUUACUGCUCCUCCGUAUGGACAACGUAAGGGAUGGGUUCCAAGAAAUCCGGAAGAUUUUGGAGAUGGAGGAGCAUUCCCAGAGAUCCAUGUGGCCCAAUAUCCCUUAGGUAUGGGGAUGAAGGGAAAGGAGACAACUAGUAAUGCCCUAGCAGUUCAGCUGGAUGCGUAUGGGAAAGUGAAGUACGACGUUAUCGCCAGGCAAGGACAUUCCAAGGACAAGAUUGUCUAUAGCAAAUUGAGCGACCUGCUCCCUUCGGAAAUAACAAGCGAAGAGGAUCCUAGUCUACAGCGUCCUCCGACAGAUGAAAUAGACGAGCUUACGGAGAAAACGAAGAAAGCUCUGGAGAAGAUAACCAGAUCAAAGAUAGCAGCCGCUAUGCCAGUGAGAUGCGCGGAGAAACAGGCUCCGGCUCAGUAUAUCCGAUACACACCGUCGCAACAAGGACAAUCAUUUAACUCUGGAGCAAAACAGAGAGUUAUUAGAAUGGUGGAAGCUCAGAUAGAUCCUUUGGAACCGCCGAAGUUCAAGAUCAAUAAGAAAAUACCAAGAGGUCCACCGUCACCGCCAGCGCCAGUUAUGCAUUCACCGACGAGAAAAGUUACAGUGAAGGAACAAAAAGAAUGGAAAAUACCUCCCUGCAUUAGCAAUUGGAAGAACGCUAAGGGAUACACGAUUCCUCUGGACAAACGUUUAGCCGCGGACGGUCGCGGCUUGCAGCAGGUCCACAUUAACGAAAACUUCGCCAAACUCGCAGAAGCUCUUUACAUCGCUGACAGAAAGGCUCGCGAGGCGGUAGAGAUGCGAGCACAAUUGGAGAAGAAAUUGGCGCAAAAGGAGAAAGAAAAGAAAGAGGAUCAUUUGAGGCAGCUCGCGCAGAAGGCAAGAGAAGAGCGUGCUGGUCUGAAAUCCUCUGCUGCGAUAGAUAAAUCGGAGGAGUCCAGGGAAAGGGAUCAGCUGAGACAAGAACGACACAAGGAUCGCGCUCGCGAGAGGAAUCUGGCGCGUGCUGCACCCGACAAGCGUUCCAGAUUGCAACGUGAACGCGAACGCGACAUCAGCGAACAGAUUGCUCUCGGCUUGCCGGCGAAGAGCAUUCCUAACAGCGGCGAGGCACAGUUCGACCAGAGACUGUUCAACACGAGCAAAGGAAUGGACAGUGGUUACGGGCACGACGACGAAUACAACGUGUACGACAAACCGUGGAAAGAUUCCAAUUCCAUUGGCUCGCACAUCUAUCGACCUAGUAAAAAUAUUGACAAGGACACUUAUGGCGAUGAUUUGGAGAAACUCGUUAAAACAAACAGAUUCGUGCCGGACAAAGAAUUCAGCGGGACCGAUAGAUCGGCAACCCGAUCCGGACCGGUGCAGUUCGAGAAGGACGAAGAGGAUCCAUUCGGUCUGGAUCAGUUCUUGAAGCAGGCGAAGCGCGCCAGCAGUUCCACCACCACGACCACCAAGCGCAAAGACGAACGAGAUCAACGAAGAGACGACCGCGACAAACGGAGGAAACAUUAACUAAACGUGCAGAAAUCGUUUGAACUAUAGCCCGGGCUCGGAUGAACGUUGAGACCUAAUUUGCCUUAGGAUCCCGCGGGUAUCGUACCCUUUUCUACUUCCCCGCGUUGCACGAUUAAGUAAGUCUGUUCAAUCUGUAUCGAAUACUCACAGAUGUACGUAAAACUGUUGCUAAAUAAAUCACGAUUUAGCGAAGAA